CAAUGAAGUGACACUUGGCCCCUCCAUUCUAUCUUUGCCUUUCCCUACAUCUACAUGUGAAGUGCUAUUAAUGGAACUGGAGUGAGUGAGUGAUCAUAAAUUGGUACAGAGAGAGUGAAGAAGAAACAACUAGAGUGAGUGAAAUUAAGCUUAACAAGAUGCCUUUAAGCAGCAUUUCAGGGUCGGUUUCCUCUCCCAAGGUGGAUGUUGCAAUUGACAUGGGCAAUCCAUUCCUGAACCUCACCGUCGAUGGUUUCUUGAAGAUCGGAGCCGUUGCAGCCACGCGUGCAGCUGCUGAGGAUACCUAUCAUAUCAUCAAAAAGGGAAGUAUCUCAAGUAAUGACUUCCAGAAAACGCUGAAGAAGAUGUGUAAAGAAGGUGCAUAUUGGGGAACCGUAGCUGGCUUAUACGUUGGGAUGGAAUAUGGCGUAGAGAGGAUCAGAGGCAGAAGGGACUGGAAGAACGCCAUGCUUGGAGGUGCAGUAACUGGGGCUCUGGUAUCUGCAGCCAGCGGUGACAAGAGUGACAAGAUUGCAAUUGAUGCCAUUACAGGGGCAGCAAUUGCGACUGCUGCGGAAUUCAUAAAUUACCUUACCUGAAUGAAUGAAAAUGGAUGUCUUAAUGUUACUCUCGCAUGUUUUGCAAAGGGAUAGCACUCUCAGUCUCUUUUGUCAUGGUCUAUUUUGGCCGUGUGUUGUAUUGAUGCAGUUACUUCUAAGAUAUGCUGGUUAUUUAUCUAUAAUAAAUUAUGUUGCCCUAUUGGUUUUCUGCAUGA